AGUUCCAGUAUUUACAGAGCUGAGAGCAAGGAGAGCUUGUCUGCAAAAAUGGCUCCGAAACGAAGUGGAGUUGGGAAAGCCCCUGUUGCUGCAGCUAAGAAAAAAACGGAGAAGGUGUCAAAUCCGUUGUUUGAGAAGAGGCAAAAGCAGUUUGGGAUUGGAGGGGCUUUGCCUCCUAAGAGGGAUUUGAGCCGAUUUGUCAGGUUCCCUAAGGUGGUUAGGAUUCAGAGACAGAAGAGAAUCCUCAAGCAGAGGCUUAAGGUCCCUCCUGCUUUGAAUCAGUUCACCAAGACCCUUGACAAGGUUACCGCAUCAAACUUGUUCAAGAUGCUUCUCAAGUAUAGACCUGAGGACAAAGCCGCAAAGAAGGAGCGCCUGCUGACAAGGGCCCAAGCUGAGGCUGAAGGAAAAGCCGCUGAGAGUAAGAAGCCAGUUGUUGUGAAAUAUGGUCUCAACCAUGUCACUUACCUUAUUGAGCAGAACAAAGCACAGUUAGUUGUUAUUGCUCAUGAUGUGGAUCCCAUAGAAUUGGUUGUCUGGUUACCAGCUUUGUGCAAGAAGAUGGAGGUGCCUUACUGCAUAGUGAAGGGAAAAGCACGCUUGGGAGCGGGUUUUGUUGCUUAAAGAAACAAGCUACCUUCUUUAUCACAAGUUAAGGGAGGAUGUGUUACUAGGUACAGAAGGUGCUGGUCCACCAGUUAAUUUUGGAACUAAGUUAUGUUUUCUAUGGUCUAUUACACUAAGAUUUUUAAUUUGUUUUUUCUUUAUAUUCAUUUUCUAUUUCUUCUAUAUUCAUCUAGGUGUUAACCGUUGAAAUUAGAAGGAGAACGUUGUUCCACCCCGCUUUAUGUGCACAAAAUCAACUUGAAUGCUGGCUGUGUGUGGGAUUAGGCUUAGGUUGACAAUGUUGAUAUG